AUGGAGCAGGCUCAAUUUCAGCCCAUUUUUAAGCCGCCGGAAACUCCGAGGGACCCCAUGGAGUUUCUCUCCCGAUCAUGGAGCCUCUCGGCUCAUGAAAUCUCCAAAGCUUUAGCUCCCCCGCCGGCGCCUCAGCUCGCGGCCAAGAACAGCCCCCCAAACGGUGCCGCCGCCCGAGGUGGCGUCGAGACCAUACACGAGGACGCCGGCGCCGAGCUGGACGAGCCUCCGGCUUCCUCCGCCUUAUCCGGCAACCCCUUCUCGUUUUCUUGCUCGGAGACAUCCCAGCUCAUCAUGGAGCGCAUAAUGUCUCAGUCUGAGGUAUCACCACGCACUUCGGGUAGGCUGUCACACAGCAGCGGCCCUCUUAAUGGUUCUCUCACUGAUAGUCCCCCUGUUUCUCCCUCUGAAAUGGAUGACCCCAAGUACUCGCGCGUGAACAUUCCAGGUGGCAACCACUACAAAAGCUCUACGAACGGCGGUGGGAAGACGGUGGGGCGGUGGCUGAAGGAGAGGAGAGAGAAGAAAAAGGAGGAGGCUCGGGCCCACAAUGCACAGCUGCACGCAGCCGUCUCGGUGGCUGGGGUGGCAUCGGCCAUCGCUGCAAUUGCUGCUGCCACUGCCGCUGACGGGAAGGAAGAGGCAGUGGCCAAGACCAAUAUGGCCGUUGCUUCGGCUGCCACGCUGGUGGCCGCCCAGUGUGUGGAGGCAGCCGAGGCCAUGGGAGCCGAGCGAGAUCACUUGGCCUCUGUUGUGAGCUCAGCUGUCAAUGUCCGAUCGCCCGGUGAUAUCAUGACCCUCACUGCUGCCGCUGCUACUGCUUUACGUGGGGCGGCUACAUUGAAGGCGAGGGCAUUGAAGGAUGUGUGGAACUUGGCAUCCGUGAUUCCGGUCGACAAAGGAAUGGGAGUUGCUGGUGGGGGCAGCAACGGGAGUUCUAAUGGGAGCUUUAGCGGCGAGCUUGUUCCGGAAGAGAACUUCCUUGGAAUUUGUAGCCGGGAGUUGCUCGCGAGGGGCUGUGAACUUCUGAAGAAAACGCGCACGGGUAAAGAACUGCAAAAUAGUGUGUGUUUAUUUGUGAUGCUGAAAAUGAAGAGUCGUCAUGUAGCCGGGACAGUCACGAAAAAGAAAAAGAAUAUUGUGUUAGAGGUGUUGAAGGAUGUUCCGGCGUGGCCUGGCCGCCACUUGCUCGAGGGUGGUGAGCAUCGACGGUACUUUGCAUUGAAGACAAUUGCACGAGGGGUCGUCGAAUUCGAAUGCAGGAAUGAAAGGGAGUAUGAUAUUUGGACACAAGGGGUCUCAAGAUUACUCACAAUUGCUGCUGAGAGGAAUAACAGACACAGAAUUUGUUGA